AUGUUCAGAUGGACCCCUGGACUUUGGUUUUCUUCUAAUGUUCGCGUUCAUAAUUCUUCCCCGUCAAUCGCUCAACCGCUCACUCUCCUUUUCCAAGUCCUCAAAAUGCGCUUCACACUUCCAACAAUCGCUUUUCUUACUAUCGUCACCGGCGCCUUGGCCGGCUCAGGAGAAGGCAACAAUCACCAACAAUACUCCAAGCACGUCAGCUCCAUGGCCCAUUCAACAACUUUGAGCCACGAAACCGUCACAACACCCAUUCCAACCCACAGCAGCAAAGCUGUCACACCAAGCAAGACUUCUGCUGUUCCGUCAAAGAGCUCUUUCGCUGUGAACCCCAGCAAGAGUGCCGGAGGCGGCAGCAAUAGCGGACACGGCGGUAGUGGCAGCGGCUCUGGCUCUGAUUCAGGAUCUGAGUCCGGUUCUGGAGGUGAAGAAGGCGGCUCAGAAACUGCACCUACCUACGUCCCUGGAAAUCCCGCCGCGAGAAUCGAUGCUCAGGAAGCGACAUUCCUGGGCGCUGCCCUCGGUGCCUUAGGAGCAUUUGUGGCAUUGGUCUAG